GAGCCAUGUUGAGCCAGAGCCUAAUGCUGUGUUUUUAAUAACCGUAAAGCAAACAUAUCGUCAGAAGUGGACUGUUGUAGAACUCUGACAAACGGUAAAUCAUAUCAAAAUGUCCGCGGACGAUUUUCAGACAAAGUACUCCUCCGUCAUGGAGAGUAUGCUCAAAGCUGCGAUUGCCGAGACCACGAAACUUUUCGAAACUAUGGUCGACGAGCUGAAAGCAGAAAUAUCACGAAUCAAGAGGGAGAACGAGGACCUAAAAAGAAGAUGCAGCCUGUUCGAAAAUGCGAGAAACCAGCCGUCUCUUACCAGCCGACAAGGAGAGUCUGUUGCGGGGCCGAACGGCGGCUGUGACAGACGUGACCGCGCUGUUCAGUGUGGUGAGUUGUUAUGGCCGUUACCAAUCGCAAACCUGGUUCCUUUCCGCACAGUGCUGGUGGAGCAAUGUCAACCACUGAGGCACUCAUCCUUUCAAAACCAAGAGCGACAAUGCAGUUAUGAGGGGAUUGGGUACAGUUUGCAGGACCACAAUUAUGGAGAGGGAACUGCACAAAUGGCUUUUCUACUUGUCAAACAGGAGGACUCUUAUGAUGAUUCUUCUCCACAGUCUGUUCUGAAGCAAGAGGAAGUCGAGCCCACUGUGGUCUGUGAGCUAGUCUUGAGUGAUAAAGCAGGUUCAACACAGGCUGCCUCUGGUGGAAUGGAAAAUGAAAGGCCUCUUAUUAAUCAGGAAUGUUCAACUCAAGAGAUACCCUUGCUGCAAAAAGAUGAAGAGACCCGAGUGGACAUGAAACUACCUUGUCUGGGAAUGGAUAGUAAUUUACAAGGAGCCCAGAACCAGUCAUCAGAAUUAGGGCAUUCACUUGUCAUCUCAUUUGCUGCAUUAAAAGACAACAUUGAGGAAGACUUUGAAGUCAGUCAGAAGAUAUUAGAAACAGAGGAAGAUCUCUUAACGUCUAAUAAUCACCCAGUGAUGGUUGCUCAGCUUCAACCAGAGGUUGAGCCUCUUGAAAAAGAGCAACCUUCAAUGGUAGCCCAACAAUGUCAAAGAGAGGACAAAACAUCAAUGAAUGAACAAGCUGAUGGUACGUUGCAAGAACAUGCAAAUGUGCAAUGUACAGAGGCACUAUCUACACCAUUUAACAAAGGAAAUGCAUGUGCAGAAUUAAAAAGUGGCAUGGCAGAAGGUGAGGCUAUUGCUCAGCCUGACUCAUCAGUACGACGUAGAAGAGGACGGCCACCAAAGAAAUCUAAAUGUCUAAAUGAAAUUGGUUCUCUGGCUAUUUCAGUAGCAUCUUUGAGUAGACCAAAACCAUCUGAAUCUCAACAACUCUCAAUGGAAAUGGAAGAAGGAACAAUUCAGGCUCCAUCCACCGUAAUUUCAUCAGCAACUGAAACACUAAACACACCAACAGUUCAGCCCAGAGAACGCCAUUCCUCUGUAACUCUUCAGGAUGCAAUACUAUUAGUUGAAGCAAUGAAUCAGUCAACAGCACAAAAUGCAUUUUCCUCUCCACAAAGAAUGGCAGCACCACGCCAUACCCAGGGUUCUCCCCACGUGGGCACCUUACAGACUGUGGACGAAGUCCCAGCUGAGCCACAGACACCACAGCUUCAUGUUGAAACUCAUAAAGCUGCAGGCAGUCUAUCUGUAACAAAGCCGUCCACUGCAACACAAUCAUCAAUAGAGAAACAAGGUGCCGUUCCCACUGCUGCAGAUGCUACUCCAAACAAUGGAGCUGAAGCCCACAUUAAGGGUGUCAUACCAAAACAACAGCAUACACUAACUCCAUCCAAUACUGCUUCAACUUCAGUGCUUUCUUUGACUGCUGCAGUUCAAACGAAUGUGCAGUCUCUUCAGCAGCACUCUUCCCAUCCUCUGAUAACAUCAGCGAGUGCACACAGCAAACCGGAUGAGGCGGUAUCUCAUAAAGUCAUUGUAAUGCCAAGAUCAGCAUCCUCAUUUAUACCUCAGAAAAUAGCACCCCUCUCUCCAACUCAGCUUCCUACUGUUGUGUCAAAAGUUGUUGCUUCACAGAGAAAUAGUUUAAUUCAAGGCUCCACAGCUGCAGGCUUACCACUCAGAACAACCUCCCUUUCCUCUGGUUCUCAGAAAACAAUAUAUGUUACACCAAGGAAAGCCACCUCAAAAGACCUGCAGUCUGGGACUUCAACGCACCCAAAAAUUACGAUAAUAAUUCCAAGACAGGUGUCAGCUGUUGCAUCAAGGAAACAUCAGCAGACCAUCGUUCUGACAGCAAAGCAGGAGUCAGCCAAAUCAGCAGCUGCUGUUACGAUGUCAUCGCCACAGUUGAUUUCUUUGCCACAGGAGUCAGGUGUUUCUGUAGAUACACAAACUGCUUCGGAUGAAAUAGCCAUACUAUUGACUGAGAAGAGAGAUAAUACAUUAGACAAACUGGAAUCACCCAAACAUACUGCUUCCCUUUCUGAAACAUCUACAGAACCCUUUUCCAGUUUAAACAUGUCACAUGGGCAAGUGUCUCCACCAGGUUUUGAACAAAAACUCUCUGCUGUGGUCAGAUUAACCAGACUCCCAUUUCCAGUAUCAGCCAAAGAAGCAGUCUUCGUUUCAGAGCUGCCUAGAGAUGAUUCCUCUGAAACACAAUCCGGUUUGCAAGAAGGUACUACACAGGAGAAACUAUCAUCUCUGGUCAUAUCAAGACAGUCAUCAGAGACCCUUGCGUUAUCUACUGACACAUGUCCGAGUUUCUCUCGAGUUUCUACCUCUCAGUUGACAGAGCCAAAUGAUAUUCAAGAGAAGGUAUCAUUACCCUUUGAAAAUAGUACUACUUUGGAGAAGUCACUCAACAGCAGGCCAUUUACACCAUCCAAGGUGUCAGCGUACGUCUUUGAGAGCUCAACAAUAGACAAGGACUUGAGUGAGCCUCCAGAUGUAUCUGGUACAGCUGGUGAACUGAAUUCUGACAAGGAAAUAAUCAGCUUUGCAAUGAAAGAUGCAUUACCCGAUGAUCCACCCAUACAUCUAACCUCGAUCACCAACAAGGAUGCAUCCGAUCCUCAUUUACAGAUGACGAAAGCCCAGUUUCUGGCACAGCUGGCAGUGUCACCUAUUACGCAAGACACAAAAAAGGCCUCCUCUAAUGACUCUGUAGGUGCCACAGCUUCUUGUUCUGCAAUCAGCACCAGCUACAAGAAAAGCUUGCAAAAAAAUACCCUUGUGGCCCGACUUCGAAGUCAUCUCAAAACUCACUUGCAAUCUAGAAGAACUGAAACAAAUCAAGAACGACACACAGAAAUAGAGACCUGCCAUGUAAACCCGAAGAAACCUAGAUUAGUGAAAGAGGAUCCAAACGAUAAAGACACAACUACAGGACCUAUCCCGAUCAGCUUAAAAAACCCAAGAGUGGCUGAAGAUAUUACAUAUCUGAAAACAUCCGACGCAACUCCCAUUAGUCCUAGGAGAUCAGGACUAUGUAAGCAGUGUGAUAGACCCAAGCAGACUGUUGUUAAACCAACUUCUGUCAGUUCAAGGAGAUUUUCAGCUACUCAUGAAUCCACUUCUGUCAGUUCAAUGAGAUGUAGUUCAAGUAGAGAUGGUGUAGGCUCCAAAACAAAAAAAACAAAUUAUGUGAGUCGAAGGAGGACCAACUCACUUAUCCCUAAAACUAAAAAAUCUUCUCUCAGUCCAAAGAGGUCUAACUCAACUAAAGAAAGUGAUAGCCCUAAAAAUAAAAAAUCUGCUUCUGUGAGUCCAGGGAGAUCUGGCUUAACUAAAGAAAAUGCUAACCCUAAAAAGACCAAAAACAUUCCUGUGCAUCUUAGGAGGGUUAGUUCAGCUAGAGAUGGUGCUAGCCCAAAGAAAGGUGUGAGCCCUAAAAGUACAAAAACUACUUCUGUGAGCCCUAAGAGGACUAGUUGGACUAGAAAUGAUGCUAGCCCUAAAAAGACUAAAUCUACUUCUGUUAGUCCUCGGAUGUCUAGCUUAAGUAAAAAAGCCACAAGCCCUAAAGUGUCUAGCAAUGAGUCAACUUCCCUCUGCCGCAGGAGGUGCACCUUACCUAAAGAUGUCUCUAUCACUACACAGAUUAAAACCGAAUCCAAUUCCUUCAGUCCUGGAUAUAGCACAACUUCAGAUGUUGGUAGUGCUAAAACCACUGCAUGUGAAACUAGUUCUCCAAGUGUUAGGUGGCUUAAAUUGGCUAAAGAUGGUAACAGUUCUAGAAACACAGGGGGAUCCACUCCUGCUAAAAAAUCCAGAUUAAUUCAAGAUGAUGGUGGUCCUGAAAAUAGCUCAAGAGUGGUGAAUGCUAAGAAGUUAGCACAAGCAGAAAAAGACAAAACAGUUGCUAAAAUAAAAAAUUCUAGUCAAUCAAAUUUGCAGAAUGAAGCUAAAAUAAGCGAGAUGAGAGAGAAACAUGCUAGCUGUGAUGCUGUGAGAAAAUGCACAGCUAGAGCUGUGUGGACUCCUCCAACAAUGGUGACCAAUGGUAAAACACCUCCUGCAGGUGGAAAGAGGGCUUCACUUUUACCCGCAAAGAAAGAGAUAAGUGCACCAAAAUCCCAGGAUCAUACAGUAGUUUACCCCCCCAGUGUUUCUCUCUUCCCCAUACCUGUCAGAGCACCACCUGUUGUAUCACCGUUACAGCCGUUGUCGGUCAUUGGCAGGCGUCUGCUGAAGAACCAGUGUGGGGAGUGUGGUCGUGUCCUCAGCAGCAUUGCAGCCCUGGAAAGCCACGUUAGUCUUCACAGAGGUCGCCGACCUUUCUCGUGCACACUUUGUGGUAAGAGCUUCCCAGAUUCAAAGGGUCUAAAGCGUCAUGGUCGGGUGCACCGCAAUGGUAGGAUCCAUGUUUGCCAGCAGUGCGGAAAAGGCUUUGUCUAUAGUUUUGGUCUCACCAAACAUCUCCAGAUGGUGCACAGCAGGAUUAAACCUUUUAUCUGCCAGAUCUGCAACAAGGGCUUCUUCACAAGACGAGAUGUGGAAGCUCACAUCCGGAUGCACACUGGAGAGAAACCAUUCCAUUGCAACCUCUGUGAAAAGAAGUUUGCUAGGAGGGUGGAACUAAAUGUGCAUUUAAGAUGGCAUAAUGGGGAGAAGAGACACUGGUGCCCAUUCUGUGGUAAAGGAUUUUUAGACUUCAACAACUUGAAAAGGCACAAGUACAUUCACACAGGGGAGAAACCACAUUCCUGCCCACACUGCCCCAAGCAGUUCACACAGUCAGGCCACUUGAAAAAGCAUGUUAGAAAUGUACAUAAAAUCCAAUGAGAUGGACAUCCAAGAUGCCUCCCUGUUCCACUGAGGACUUUAAUGUCUUAUAUAAUGAGAGGUAUAAUGUGAGAAUACUUGGUGCAAAAGGGAUCAGUUGAGGUUUUUUUUGUCAUUUAAGUUUUUGUAGAACAAAUGCAACUGGAGAACUGCAUUGUUUUUCUAUGCUGUGUUCAUCAUAGGAUUUCUUUUUAUUGUAUUUUAUGAAGGCUUGAAGGUGUAAUUCCACAUUAAAGGACAGUGCCCAUUUCAAACAUGCCUGUUUGUAAUGGGCCAAUUGCCUGGCAUAUAAUAUUGCUGCUUGCAACUUUCUGGAGAACCUCUCAUACAAACAACUCAACACUCAACACACUUCUUCUUUGGGUUCCGAACAACAAGGGGUAUUGAAAUUGAUCGAUUCUAAGAAGCAUCCCGAUGCGGACCUGGACGAUUCUGCAUUGAUGUAGUGACAGCACGUAAUCAAUUAUUGCUACGUAACGCAGUCUUUCCCCUACAGUGUUACAGGCCUGGCAGUGCACCAGGCCAACGAGACCCCCUGCUAGGCCCUGCUGUUGUAUUUUUUCUCCUUAGGAGGUAGAAGUAUAUUUGCCAACCCUCCUGAUUUUCCCAGGAGACUCCACGUCACUUCGCUCCCCUCUCCAGAUGCUCUCCCGGCCUCACAUUUCUCCCGUAUUUUUCACAAUUAUAAGCCCUCGACCAUGAGCGUAAGAGUGCAGUGGCGUCAUGUACCACAAAAAAAAAAACAGUAGAAGAAGAUUGUAGUACUGAACUGUGUUGCUGUGAACUGACCAGGUUAUCUUAUGUUGUGGGUCAAAAUGCACAAAUGCACACUCUCUGUGGUGCACAGUCCUAACCACUGUGUCCUGUGUUUUACUGAACAUCUGUAGCUGGUUAAAGAGUUAACACUGAAAAUGCACAGAAAUUGUUUUUGUUUUGUUUAUCUGAACGUGCCUGAAUACAGACUGUGUGCUAGAAGUGUGCACUGUGUGCUAGAAGUGUGCACAUCACAUGGCUGAUCAAUAGAUCAAAGCAGACAGACAGCGUGGCGCAGUGACAGAGGCAGACAAACAGCCAAGUUUUCCUUUACAGCGUCGGAACAGUAACAGUAAAGUCAGGGUAAAAUGAUAAUUAAAAUGUGUUUUGAGUUUGUCACAUCACAGAAAGAUGUGUUAUUAAACACCUGCCCA